AUGUCUCGAAUCGGAUGGUACGGCCUCGGCUCCAUGGGCCUGGCCAUGGCCACCAACCUGCAAAAACACCUCGCCAGCCGGUCCGGCAGCGCCCUGCAGAACCUCAUCUACUCCAACCGCACCAUGGCCCGCGGCGAUGCGCUCAAACAGCUCGGCGCGACGCCCGAGUCCAGUUUCCAGAAUCUCGUCGGCCAGUGCGGCAUCAUCUUCACCAUGGUCUCCAACGACAAAGUCCUCACCAGUCUCAUCGACGCCGCUCUCGCCUCCGGGCACGCCCUGCACGACAAGAUCUUCGUGGAUUGCUCGACCGUCCACCCCACCACCGUGGGGCUGACCGUCGCGCGGCUGCAGGCGCAAAACGCUUCGUUCCUGGCGGCCCCCGUCUUUGGCGGGAACCCCAUCGCCGUCGACGGAAAGCUGGUCUUUGCCAUUGCCGGGCCCAAGAAGGCGUCCGACGUGGUCAAGCCGCUGAUCCAGGGGGUUAUGGGGCGGAAGGUGAUUGACUGCGGCGAGGAUGCGACCAAGUCGUCGCUGUUGAAGAUUGCAGGAGGCACUAAGUCGACAUGGACAGAAACAUCGUCACCGUCAAACAUGAUGGAAGCCGUCGGCGAAGCGCAGGUCUUCGCCGAACGGACGGGCCUGGGAACGGGCCCCAUGGAGGAACUCAUCGGCGAGGCGUUCGGCCCCGUCGCUGGCGGAUACUCCAAACGACUGACCUCCGGGGUCUAUGCCCCCCCGUUGGGAUCGCGUCCUGGAUUCGGCGUGUCGCUGGCGAUCAAGGACGCAGACCAUGCGUUUGCGAUGGCCAAGGAGCACAACGUCGAAUUGCCCGGGCUGCAGGUCGCGCGCGACAACAUGGCUGCCGCGCGGGAGUACGCCGGCGAGUGUCUGGAUAGCAGUUCCAUGUAUGGGAUCCUGCGCCAGAAAGCGGGGCUGGAAUUCUGGAACGAGAAGAGCCGUCAGGGAGGAAAGUGA